CCGCGCUGUGCCCGCUCGGCCCCUCGCUUACCGUCGGGCCGGGCGGCAUGUGGCGGGGGCUGCCGGUGCUGGCCCUGGCCGGGCUGCUGCUGCUGGGCCGGGCUCCGCCGGGCCGAGGGGCGGCCUGCGAGCCGGUGCGCAUCCCGCUCUGCAAGCCGCUGCCCUGGAACAUGACCAAGAUGCCGAACCACCUGCACCACAGCACGCAGGCCAACGCCGUGCUGGCCAUGGAGCAGUUCGAGGGGCUGCUGGGCACCAACUGCAGCCCCGACCUUCUGUUCUUCCUGUGCGCCAUGUACGCGCCCAUCUGCACCAUCGACUUCCAGCACGAACCCAUCAAGCCCUGCAAGUCCGUGUGCGAGCGCGCCCGCGCCGGCUGCGAGCCCGUCCUGGUGCGCUACAGCCACGCCUGGCCCGACAGCCUGGCCUGCGACGAGCUGCCGGUCUACGACCGCGGGGUGUGCAUCUCCCCCGAGGCCAUCGUCACCGCCGAGGGCGCGGAUUUCCCUAUGGAUUCUAAUAAUGGCAACUGCAGAGGCACCGGCAUUGACCGCUGCAAGUGCAAGCCUGUAAAAGCCACCCAGAAGACCUAUCUACGCAACAACUAUAACUAUGUCAUUCGGGCUAAAGUGAAGGAGGUGAAGACUAAAUGUCAUGAUGUCACUGCAGUAGUGGAAGUAAAGGAGAUCCUGAAGUCUUCCCUAGUGAACAUUCCGAAGGACACUGUAAACCUUCACACGAAUUCUGGCUGCCUGUGCCCACCACUCAGUGCCAAUGAAGAGUACAUCAUUAUGGGCUACGAGGACGAGGAGCGCUCCAGGUUACUCCURGUGGAAGGCUCCAUAGCUGAGAAGUGGAAGGAACGUCUUGGUAAAAAAAUAAAGCGCUGGGAUCAGAAGCUCCGCCACCUUGGGAAGGGGAAGGGAGAUUCUGGACACAGCGAGUCGGCUCCAAAGGCUGGCAAAGGCAGCAGCUCSUGGCAGGCACGCAGUUAGAUGGGGGAUGCUGCACGGUGACAUGCAGGGGACUGGCUACCAAGAUUGCCUUGUUGGAGCAGCAAAGGAGAAAUUGCACUAUUGCACGUUAUAUUCUAUUGUUUACUACAAAGUAAUGUCUUAGCUGUUAUUAGUUUUUAUUCUCCCCCCCCCUUGUUUUCUGCCUUUUUCUUUUUGGAUGUGUGCAAACUCUGGAAAUGUAUGGUUUUUUUUCCUGUUACUAAGAACUGUAGAAAACUGCCCUGAUGAGAUGAAGACAAGRACAUGUUUGGUUUACCCUUUUUGUCUCCUGAAUCUUCUUAGGGAGAAAAUUCUGAUGCAAGCAGGAAUAAAAUCUGGCAAAGACCAUUUCCUAAAGUCAUGACUCACACUGGCUUCCCCUGCUCACUCUUUCGUGGUCACUGUUUGCUGAAACUUGCUGUUUUGUGUAGGUUGUUAUCUGGGUCUAAGUGUAUCAUUUUUUAUUCUGAAAUAUAAUUCUGAAACACAGAAAAAAAUUUCUUAAGAGAACUGUUUAAAUCAGUACAGCUUCAUUAAGUUUUCUUACAGAUGAACCACUUGUAUACCACAGAAUCUAASGAGAAAUAUUUCCUCUAACAAACACAAUGUGCAUGUCCACAAGGAACCCGAGUUUUCCAGUUCUCUGGACCUUGCAGGACCAUKAUCUAGUUCUGUAAACAUAAUUUAUAACAUGCUGCUUCUCUUAUAAUGGCAGAUUUUUUCCCCUUUUCUCAGCUGAGUUGUAGGAGUAGACAGACCCACCAGGCCUGCUUCUCAGUACAGGUCUGCACUUUAGUCUUUUGAUUUUGUGGURUUAUUCUUAAAUCUGUGCCUACAUAAAUAAGUGUUCAAUGCUCAGUAGCAUAUGUCCAAUAAAAGAAUUGUCGCCAACACAGAUCCUUACCUGACUUCUGAACCAACAUCAUAUUUCUAAUAUCACUUUUGAAAAUAUAAAAAAUCACAAACACCCUUGAUUUUUGUACUUUAAUAGAAAUCUUUGCAGAUAGUGCCAACAUACUCAAAAUUAUCUUUGCUUUUACACACUCUCAUGCUUAAAAUAAAUUAAACUGAGGUAAAUCAAAGAACAAUCCUCUUUGACAGAGUCUGGAGAGGGAACUAACUCUACUUAUAAAGAGAAAUGACUGUUGUGUUCCAGCUGUCAAUACUGUUUUUAGUGUACUAGGGCUGCCUUUCAGUAAGAAAAUAAURUUGAGUUGUCAGGCAGUUUGAAAAUACGAUUGCAAGUAGAACAGAAAUAUUUGGGAAUAUGAUAAUAAUGGUGUUUUAAGAUUUCAGUUAAUAACCAGCAGCCUUGGGACAGGUUUUCCACUGGGCUGGAURCCAAGAAAGUUGAAAAAGAACAGCACCCUGCAACAUUCAAACUUUUGUUUAUAAUUAAAAAUAAAGGGAUAAUUUAUGGGGAAGAUUGGUUCUGAAAGCUGGCAGCAGGAUAUUAAUCCUCCAGGUAUUAAGUCCUCAGUAUUUUCUCAAAAUCACACAAAUCACAGCAGCAUUUAGGUGGGAAAAGACCUCCAGGAUCAUUGAGUCCAACCUUUGAUUGAUCUCCACCAUGCCAGCUCAGCCAGAGCACCAAGUGCCAUGUCCAGUCAUUUCUGGAAGUCCAUGGAUGGUAACUUUAACAAAUAUUUCUACUGAGAUUGGCAAAUAACUGAACAAUUUGUUAAGUUGUGAAUAGCUUGUUAAAUAAUAUUGAAAACUUAUUAUUUACCCCAGAACACCCACUGAAGUCACAGAUGAGCGUUGAUAUUGCAGGGUCUGCAGUCACCACUCACCACGUUGUGUUCUGCUAUGAAAAGAUGAAGGUAGUGUCUUUAGGUCUCUGUUAAAGAUGUAGAAAAUGCCCAGACAGUUGGGAGUUUAUCCUUUACUAGCCACCCCUUCUGAAGAUGGACUGUCAUACCAUUUCUCUGAUUAACAGCAGCCUUUAUUAAUCCACUUGCAGCCCAACACUGACAUUAAUCCCAUUAAAAAUCCCUAGAGCAGAGCCCAUUGCUGCAUUUUAACACCUCAACAAGAGAAAAAUGAGCGGCAUUUGUAACAGUCACACGUCAUGAUGUUACAGUGUGAAAAUGUGGUGCUUUUUAAAUCUUCCCKAAGUUGUGUUGAGCUUUGCCUUGUGUUCCCAGUCCUGCAAUCAAACUGGGUCACUGUAUGCUAACGGGUAGUGUUUUAUUAAAUUAUUUUCUUUGUAAAACUCCUCCUUCCCAUCCAGCAUCUACUUCAUUCCUCCCUUAAAGUAAGAUAUUCCUACUUCAUCUUUCAAUCCCCAUAGCUAGAGCCAAAUAAAAAAAAUAAUGCUCUGUGAGGAGGAAGAAAAAGAAAUGUGUACAGUCUGGGAUCAAACCUGCCUCUGUCACUGUGGAGAGAACAGCACCUAACCCAAGGUGUCACCAGAGACAAGAAAUAGC